CCCAGUUUCAGUUCUCUAUCUCUCUGCCUCGUCAAUCGUGAUUUCCUCAUACCGAAGCGGCUGAAUUCUUGGGGAAAAACAAACGAAGUCUGUUUUCCUUCCGUUUCCUUUCACACCACCUAAGGCCAUCGGAGCCAUCAAGCAUCCUCUGUACUGUAGCUACUUGAAGAACCAUACAAUGGCAAAGAGAAAAAGAGAAGCAACAGAUUUGAAUGCUGCUGAAGGGGGCGACGAAGAUGAUGAGAUAACAACAGCGACGAGAGAUAUAUCGCCGGCGCAUUAUGUGUUCAAGAUCGAGUCUUUCUCUCUAUUAUCAGAGAACGACAUCACCAUGUAUGAGACAAACGACUUCAAAGUUGGUGAUCAGACCUGGAGAUUGAUUAUCUAUCCUAAUGGAGACAAGAGUAACGAGGGAGAAGAUCACGUGUCCCUGUAUCUGACUGUUUCUGAGGCCAAUCCUCUGAAAGUUGGCGGGGAGAUAAAUGCAACUGUUAGGUUCUUUGUGUUCGAUCAAAUUCGCGAUGAAUACUUGUUAAGAGAAGGGAAAAACAGGAGGUUUCAUGCAAUGAAGCCCAAAUGGGGUAUUCCAAGAUUUAUGCCGCUCAAAACUUUCAUCAAUCCAUCAAACGGCUACCUUGUUGAUGACACUUGUGUGUUCGGAGUGGAGGUUUUUGUUGUCAAAAGCUUAGGUCUGGGUGAAUGCUUGUCACUAGAAGCGUGUCCGCAGCCUGUUAGUCACAAAUGGAAGAUAUCAAACUUCUCUACUUUGGGGAAUGAUCGCUACUCUGACGUUUUCACUGCAGGGAAUCACAACUGGUAGC